CUAAGACCUCCAAGAAUCUUUGCGCUCGCGUUUUCACUCAGGACCACCACUCUCCUCUUUCUUCCACUCUCCUCCUCCUCUGCAUCUCACCUGUCCUCGCAAAAUCAUGGCCGAUCAAUCCACGAUCCCUACGUUCAAGCUCGUGCUUGGUACUGGCAAGACCACCUUCGUCAAGCGCCACUUGACGGGUGAAUUCGAGAAGAAGUACAUCGCCACCCUCGGUGUCGAGGUCCACCCUCUGUCCUUCUCGACCAACUUUGGCACGAUCUGCUUCAACGUCUGGGACACUGCCGGGCAGGAGAAGUUCGGUGGUCUCCGUGAUGGCUACUACAUUCAGGGCCAGUGCGGUAUCAUCAUGUUCGACGUCACUUCCCGUAUCACGUACAAGAACGUGCCUAACUGGCACCGCGAUCUUGAGCGUGUUUGCGAGAACAUCCCGAUCGUGCUCUGCGGUAACAAGGUCGACGUGAAGGAGCGGAAAGUGAAGACUGGUCAGGUCACCUUCCACCGGAAGAAGAACAUCCAGUACUUCGAGAUCUCUGCGAAGUCCAACUAUAACUUCGAAAAGCCGUUCCUGUGGCUUGCGAGGAAGCUUGUUGGUAACCCGGCGCUGGAGUUCGUUGCUGCACCUGCGCUCGCACCGGCUGAGGUCCAGGUUGACCCCGCCCUCAUGGAGCAGUACCAGAAGGAGCUUGCACAGGCCGAGGCUGUCCCUCUCCCGGAAGAAGACGACGACUUCUAAACAUAAUGAAUGCGCGCCUUUCAUCGCUUUCCCCUCGGCUUAUCGCUCGUACACUCCUCUGUGUCCCCAUACUGUUCCAUAUACACAUUACAUUGCAACUUGCUA